UUUGUAUACAAAGUCAAGGAGUGUUGUUCGAUUUACGUCAGUACUAAAUUUAAUUCUCAGCUCUUUCUUUUGACUUUGAGGUAAGGAUUUGACUACAAUGAGUGCGCGAACGAAAAGGCUUAAAUAUAACAUAACAGAACUGGACCACGAAUUUCACUACUUCAUCAAGAAUAUGAGUUGUAGAGCCGUGAUGAGACUUCCGUACACCUAUCGCUGCAGGAUGGCCACCCAAGCCAGUGAUUGCAAACACAUUAUAAACUUUUUCAAUUACUUCAGGAUGAUGUACUGCUCAAUUGACAUCGAUGACAAAGCAACGGAGGUCCUGUUUAUGUUGCUUUUUUCCUUCAUAUGUGUGGCGUUCCUUUGGCUGAUGUCCUUCAGUAUUGGUACCUAUUAUUCUCCUGUCCUCAAGAUUAUCUCGCUGAAGCUGCACAUGAAUGAGUACCUGGCAGGAGUUACCUUUCUGGCUUUUGGUAACUGCAGUCCAGAAAUAAUAGCUAAUCUGAUGCCCGUGAGGGCCGAUGCACCCAUCUUUACCAUAACUGUGGGUAAUACUCUGGCCAUCAUUCUGCUGAGUGGAGGUACUGUGUGUUUUCUGAGACCCUUUAGGAUGAACGGACAUUCCACUCUGCGAGAUCUACUGUUUCUUCUCCUGGGUGUGGAGGUCCUGAGGUUUGUGAUGAUCAAGGAGGGAGCAGUGACCCUGGGAGAGGGCAUAGUGCUCUUCUUAAUUUACGUUGUUUAUGUGGCUAUUAAUAUUGCUGAUUUGGCGUUGCUGCGAUACUACAUUAGAAAACUUCGAAGAGAGCUGGAAUAUUUGGAAAGCCUAACUCCUCAACCAAUUAAAGAAAUAAAUGCAAAGCUAAGAAAGCUGAUCUCUUGGGAAGAGCAGGAUGACAUUGGGAUCAAGGACACCACAAAGUAUCGUCGGUCCAGAGACACGGGCAACCACUUCUCGAAUAUGACCAGUAGUGGCUACUUUGUAACCCCCAUCCCAGAAAGACGAUCCGAACACGUUGACUACGAGUCAAAUCGCACAGCGCUUUAUGACUCGGAGAACCCCAGAAACCUCCAACUUUUCACGGAGUUCCUCCAGUCCCUCAAUCCGGUUGAUCCAGAGGCAUGGCAGCUGGGUGGUUGGAGCAAUCGAAUUUACCUGAUUGCCAGGUGCCCCCUGGUGUUCGUACUGCAGCUUUUCAUUCCCGUGGUGGAUUACGAGAAGGUCAAGCACGGCUGGAGUAAGCUGCUCAACUGCACGCAGAUCGUGACGAACCCAUUCGUGGUCAUUACCCUGGUGCACUCUGGGGUGUCCAGCGUCUACAAAAGCUGGCACAUAACCCUCGACUUCAGUGUCUCCAUGUGGUCCCCCUUCCUGACAGUCCCGCUAGCUAUUGUGAUCUUCCUGCACUCUCGAACGGACGUGCCGCCCAGUUACCACCACCUGUUUAUUAUCCUCACGUUUUUCAGUUCCAUGGUGACUCUCUGGCUCGCCGUCACAGAACUGGAAGUGCUCUCCGAGAUUGUGGGCAUCGUAUUCAAUCUGUCCGAGAGCUUCAUGGCGGUCACCUUUGAAGCUGUCUCCAAUGCCACUCCGGACAUUAUAGCCAAUUACCAGCUGGCCUUGCAGGGCUAUGGGCGGAUGGCAUUCGCCGCCAUAAUAGGAGGUCCAGUUUUCGCGAUUUUGGUCAGCAUGAGCUUGGCCUUCAUAUUCAAUCACAGAGUUCGCGAAGUGGGCGCCAAUUCGUGGGUGUACGGCGAUCUGGGCGACAACUGUUACCUCUUUCUGGUAAUAACCAUUGUGACCACAAUGUGGUGGAGUGCCACCUUCAAUUUCCACGCUCGUAGAUCCGCUGGAGUUUUCCUGUGGCUCGUUUACCUGCAGUUCCUCUUAUACGCGGUCUGUGUGGAGUGGGACCUUGUUCAUGAAUUUUCCAGAGAUCAGCACUUUAAGCCAAUAUGA